AUGCUCUGUGGUCGCACGUCUCUUUUGCUGCUUGUCAUCUGGGGGUCAGCUGUUGGUGUCAUUGGGCGGCCACCCCUGGCACGCAAUGACGCCGAGCUCCAAGUCCGACAGGCGAGCAGCAGUGGUUCUGGAGGCGCCCCAAGCUCGGCGUCUGUUCCAACAUCCUCAAGCACCUCGGCUCAGGAGACGUCAACUACGUCUACAUCGUCGAUUUCCACCUCAACCAGCGCAUCUACGUUCACGUCUGCCUCGGCUAGUACAGCGUCCACCACGGCUCCCACGACAUCGACGACCCCAACGACUGCAACGACCUCCAUUCCAGGCACGAACCCACUUACAGGCUCUCUGAGGUAUUUCCCGUCAGCCUCCUCUUCUGUCGCUUCUUCCGAAGCUUUUUCCCUAUCUGGUAGUUCUUCUUCCCUUCAGGGCUCUUCCUCGUCUUCUUCCGUGUCGUCGGGUACGACCUCGGCCGCGAGCUCCGCGUCUUCUGCGUCAUCGGCUGCCUUCUUGGCGCCUCCUCCUCAAAGCGCGGCUGGAAACCAGUCUUCUUCUUCGACUUCUCUUUCGACUUCCAUAGCAUCUUCUCCAACGCAGACAUCAUCUGUGGUCGUGGGCACCAAUGCUACUUCUUCCGCACCAUCCACUGCGGUGGCCACCGAAUUUGUCUCUCAAUUCACUUCUGGCUCAAUCGUUUCGAAUGUCACAGUCCAGACAACCAUGCUUGUUCCCGCAACUCCAAAUGCUCCCCCAACCAUCAUCCCGGAACUUUCAGUGUUGACUUCUGGUGCAUCAACCUUGACUAUCACGGCGGGCUCGGUGACACUAAACGCUCUUGCUGCUACUUUGAGUGCAUCUAGUGCUCAACCCUCUGCAACGAUGCCAGCAGAUGCCCCUAAAAUGAAUGCAACUGUUCCCGCCAGUUCUAACAACAUCACCUACAGUACAGGCAGUUGGACCCCCUAUGACCUAACCAACUCAGGAGGCGGUUCCAACGGUUCCGGCGUCGGUUCUGGCUCGGAUGGCUCGGGGGCCACACCCCUAGCAUCUAACCUUGAUAAUCAGAACGUUCCAACCAACCUCCAGUGUCCCAGCACCGUUGCUCCACAGGACACGCGGUCAAGCACAGAUCUCGGAGCUACCGUUGUCUAUUCUUUCGUUGGCACUGCGAUCUUUGCACAGUUGGUUCCCCGAAAUAACAGCGGUAUCUAUUCCGCUUGGGUCGACGACGAUGUUCCACAAACAUAUGAUGGUUAUCAAAUGUUCGCAACCCAACAACAGGCUUUGCCUGGCUCCCCUCCUAGCUGUCAACUCGGCUUUUCCGCAACUGGACUCACAAAUACGACGCAUACCAUGCAUAUCAAGAUCGUCGCCCCAUCGACAGCACAGCAAAACGAAGGCGGAGGUGGAGGAACAGGGCUUACGCUUGCUGGGUUCACGUGA